GGACAUUAGGCUUCCUAGCAGCAAUCUCGCUUCCGGUGGCUUCUGAUGUCACCUAACAAGCGCCGGAACUGAUCGCGCGCUGCCUAGGAAACAGGACGCGGCCCAGUAGUAGCCAAACCUGAGAGCCGCACCCACCCUGUCGCCAUGGAGCUUCCCUCAGGGCGGUGCGGGGAUCCUCGCUCUUGUGAUGAUGAGUCGGACCCCGAGCCAGACCCGGACCCUGACAUUCAGGCUGAGGCCUACGUAGCCCGCGUGCUCACUCCACCCAAACCUGGCCUGACCCCGCGGCGCUCGUCGCUACAGUCCACGCUCUCCGCGUCCCUGGACGCGCCGGAGCGAAAGGCUGCCUCCAGAGUCCCGCCCGGGCGCCUGCCGGGCCUGCUGAGCCUUCCCCCGGAGCUGCUGCUGGAGAUCUGCGCCUACCUGGAUGCGCGGGUCGUGCUCCACGUCCUGCCGUGCGUGUGCCAAGCACUGCACGACCUCGUGCGUGACCAUGUCACCUGGAGGCUACGCGCUCAGCGCCGCGUACGUGCACCCUACCCAGUGGUGGAAGAGGAGGACUUUGACUGGCCAACUGCCUGCAUCGAGUUGGAGCAGCACCUGGCCCGCUGGGCAGAGGAUGGACAGCGAGCUGAGUACUUCUGCCUGGCUGAUGGUCACUUUGCUUCCAUUGAUGCAGUGUUGCUGCUCCAGGGUGGGGCACUGUGUCUGUCAGGUUCCCGAGAUCGCAAUGUCAACCUGUGGGACCUACGACAUUUAGGAAAGGAACCUAGCCGAGUUCUGGUGAAGGCCUUGGGCACCCAGGGCAAUAGCACACACAAGGGCUGGGUGUGGUCGCUAGCAGCACAGGACCACCGUGUGUGCUCCGGCUCUUGGGACAGCACUGUGAAGCUGUGGGACAUGGAGGCUGAUGGGCAGCAGUUUGGCGAGAUCAAGGGCAAGGCGGCAGUGCUGUGCCUCUCCUACCAACCUGACAUCCUGGUGACUGGUACCUAUGACAAGAAGGUGACCAUCUAUGAUCCCAGAGCUGGCUUGGCCCUGGUGAAGAGCCGGAGGCUGCACUCGAGUGCUGUGCUAGCGGUCCUGGCGGAUGACAGGCAUAUCAUCUCAGGCAGCGAGGACCACAGCCUCGUGGUAUUUGACCGCCGAACCAAUGGUGUCUUGCAGCGGCUGCAGCUGGACUCCUAUCUGCUCUGCAUGUCUUACCAGGAGCCCCAGCUCUGGGCGGGUGACAACCAGGGCCUGCUGCACGUCUUCGCCAACAGAGAUGGUUGUUUCCAGCUUGUCCGGUCCUUUGAUGUGGGUCACCAGUCUCAGAUCACAGGGAUCAAACACUCGCUGGGGACUUUGUACACAACAUCUACUGACAAGACCAUUCGGGUAAGAACACUGACCCAUGCAGACUCCACCACUGGCCAGGACACACAUCCUGACCUCUACCUCUUACCCUUCUCAGGUUCAUGUGCCCACAGACCCACCCAGGACCAUCUGUACCAGAAGCCACCACAAUGUGUUGAAUGGGAUCUGUGCUGAGGGCAACGUGGUGGUGGCUGCCUCUGGUGGCCUGUCAUUGGAGGUCUGGCGGCUGCUGGCCUAAACAGCUGGACAUGGAAGUGCCUGAGUGUUGAUGUACACUGCCUGCUGAGGCUGCACCUAGGCCUCAGCUCUGGAGGGCUUUCCUUCGAUUGGUGCUGCUUCUGCCCUGCUCCACAGGCCUGUGGCAGAGGAAGCCCUAGGGCUGGGCCCACACCUGUGCCUGUGGAGGUGACAUUCUUGUUUUGGCCACCCAGGGGGCUAUUUGCUACCUUCUACCCUCCGUUGUUUUGUUUUGUUUGUUGAGACAGGGUCUCAUACUGGCCUCAUACUCACUAUGUAUUUGAGACAGGCCUUGAAUGCCUGAUCCUCCUGCCUAAGUCUCCAAGUGUUGGGAUAAUGGGUAUACCACCAAACCUGGAUGAUCCCUGUUCUGUUAGGAUUUGGGUGUUUCUUUCCCACAGGAGAGUGAAGGACAAAUAAAUGACCUACUGUGCAA